UAUAGUGACCGGGUCAAUAUUAGAUGGCAAUGAAGAAAAACUGAGACACUGACCAAGUAUUGAUUGCAAAAUGCAAUGUUAGGGAGUUCUUCUUCUUCUGAUAUGGCUCCUUCUCCUCCAAAGCAUGAUUUGUUCCUCAGCUUUAGAGGGGAAGAUACCCGUGACAACUUCACUAGUCAUCUCUAUGCUCAACUUUGCAGCAAAAAUAUAGAAACCUUCAUAGAUAACAGGCUAGCCAGAGGCGAUGAGAUCUCACUAGCACUCUAUACAGCAAUUGAAGAUUCAAUGAUUUAUGUCAUCGUUUUCUCGGAACACUAUGCUUCUUCGUCGUGGUGUUUGGAUGAACUUGUUAAGAUUCUGGAGUGCAGGAAGAAAUAUGGAAGGGAGGUGAUACCGGUUUUCUACAAGGUGGAUCCAUCAAAUGUUAGGCACCAAAGAGGGAGUUAUGCAGAUGCUUUUGUUAAGCAUGAACUGCGAUUCAAGGAUGAAGUAACACGGAGGUGGAAGGAUGCUCUAGCUGAAGCAGCUGGACUCUCAGGCUGGGAUUCACAAGUCACCAGGCCAGAAUCCAUACUUGUUGCAGAUAUUGUGGAAGAUAUUUUAAGAAAAUUGGAUCGUUCUUUCUCAAGUGAUAAUCAAGGAAUGGUUGGAAUGGACAAUCACGUUGCACUAAUCCAGUCCUUGUUGCACCUUGAGUCAGAGGCUGUUCGGAUCAUAGGAAUUUGGGGCAUGGGAGGAAUAGGUAAAACAGCAAUUGCUAGUGCAGUAUAUCACAAAAUGGCAACUCAAUUCAGUUCAAGCAGCUUCGUUCUUAAUGUUCACGAAGAAAUAGAAAGAGAGGGAGUACACCGUACUCGAAACAGAUAUUUGUCAGAGCUUCUGAAGAAGGAAGGCACAUCCUCUGGAUUAAGGUUGUCAUUUGAUAGGCUCCAAAGGAAAAAGGUGCUCCUUAUCCUCGAUGACGUCAAGAAAUGGGGUCCAGUUAAAGAAUUAAUUGGAGGACGUGACAACUUCGGCCGGGGAAGUAGAAUUGUUCUUACUAGUAGAGACAUGCAAGUUCUUAAGAAUUGUGAAGCUGAUGAAAUAUAUGAAGUCAAGGAGAUGAAUGUUCAAGACUCUCUGCAGCUAUUCAGUUUAAAUGCCUUUAAACAAACCCAUCCCAUAAAAACCUAUAUGGGCUUAUCAGAAAAAGUAUUAAAUUAUGCAAAAGGGAUUCCAUUAGCUCUCAAAGUUUUGGGCUCAUUUCUUUAUGGUAGAACAAGGGAAGCAUGGGAAAGUGAGUUGCUAAAGCUGGAAAGGCUUCCAGAUCUUGACAUUUUCAAUGUGUUGAAGUUAAGUUUUGAUGGGCUUGAUGAUGAACAAAAGGAUAUAUUUCUUGACAUAGCUUGUUUCUAUAGAGGACAUAUCGAGAAUAUGGUAGCACAAACACUAGAUAGCUGUGGUUUCUCUGCUGACAUUGGAUUGGAUGUUCUCAAAGAUAGGUGCCUUAUAUAUAUUUUGGAAGGUAGAAUCGUAAUGCAUGAUCUAAUACAGGAAAUGGGAAAAGAAGUUGUUCGCCAACAAUGUGUCAACAAUCCUGCAAAACGGAGUCGAUUAUGGAAGGACAAAGAAGUUUGUCAUGUUCUAAGACAGAACAAGGGGACAGAUGCAAUCCAGUGUAUAUAUCUCGAUACAUGCAAAAUAAAAACAGUUCAACUACAUUCUGAAACUUUCAGAAAGAUGCAUAAUCUGAGAAUGCUCCAGUUCUACAAGUCUUCUGACUUUUGGCAAGGCUCAAAUCUGGUCCUUCCUACAUUUCUUGACAGUCUUCCAGAUGAAUUAAGAAUUCUUCGUUGGGACGGCUUCCCUCAAAGAUCUUUGCCGUUGCAAUUUUUCCCGGAAAAUCUUGUUAAACUUGAUAUGCGUCAUAGCCACCUUGAACAACUUUGGGAGGGAGAUAAGGAUUUGCCCAAUUUGAAAAGGCUCGAUCUUAGUUAUUCUUGGAAGCUGAUUCGAAUACCAGACCUCUCUUUGUGUCCAAAUAUUGAGGAAAUAAUUCUUAGUCAUUGUAAAUGCUUGAUUCAAGUUCACUCCUCGAGUUUCCUCAGCAAGCUCAAAUGUUUAUAUUUAAAUGGUUGUGUUGAGCUUAGGAGUUUAAAUCUUCCCAGUAAUAUUCUAUCAACAUCUUCUGGGUUAGUUGUUCUCUGUAAGUGUAGCAGGCUUGAAGAGUUUUUAAUCAGUGGCAGAACUGAGGUGGUUCAAUCAUAUGGUACACCGCGUUGUGAUGGAUACUGGGGAGCAGAAGAAAUUUUUCAUUAUGCAAAAGUUAACCUGCGUUUGGACGCAGGAGAAGUUUUCACUGAUGCUGAAGCUAACCUGUCUCAUGGAAAUCUUAUCCAGUUUAAUGCAAAAGGUUACAUGAAGGCUAAAUAUUGUUCAGAUACUUUUGACCCCAUUGUUAGCAUAAGAGAACCGGUGGAUGGUAUACACUUACUGAACAUGAAAGUGAUGAGAGAAACUAUGCCCUCAUUAUUUCCAAGUCUCAAUGAGCUUUGUUGGUUAGAUAUAUCUGACUGUGAAUCACUUACCAGCCUUCCAAUUGACAUUUGUAAGUUGAAAUUUCUAAGAAGACUUUAUCUCCGUGGUUGCUCAAAUUUGGAGAAUUUCCCUGAAAUUGAGGAUACAAUGGAAAAUUUAAAGGUGCUCAUCUUAGAUGAAACAGCUAUAAAGAAACUACCUUCAUCCUUGCACCGAUUUGUUGGGCUUGAAGAGUUGAGCUUACACAACUGCCCAAGGCUUGAGAUUAUUCCCUCUUCUAUUGGAAGUCUCACCAAACUCUGCAAGUUACGUCUUACCUGCUGUGAAUCACUUGAAACUUUUCCAAGCAGCAUUUUCAACUUGAAGUUGACAAAACUUGAUUUGCAUGGUUGCACAAUGCUAAAGACCUUCCCAGAGAUCUUGGAGCCUGCAGAAAGUUUUGCUCACAUUAACUUAACAAAAACAGCAAUUAAAGAACUGCCUUCAUCCUUGGAUAAUUUGAUUGGGCUUCGAACCUUGCGUUUGAACUUGUGCAGUGAUCUUGAGUCACUUCCAAACAGCAUUGCUAAUCUAAGCCUUCUAUCCGAGCUUGAUUGUUCAGGCUGCGGCAAAUUAACUAAAAUCCCAAAUGAUAUUGGUUGCUUGUCAUCCUUAAGGGAAUGGUCACUGCAUGAUAGCGGUGUUGUGAGCCUUCCAGAGAGUGUUGCUCAUCUAUCAAGCUUGAAAUCACUUGACUUGAGUGAUUGCAAAAAGCUUGAAUGUAUCCCAAAGCUUCCACCAUAUCUAAAACAGUUGCUGGCGUUUGAUUGUCCAUCCAUUAGAAGAGUGAUGUCAAACUCAAGGUUUGAACUCCCAUCAGGUUCCAAAGAGGUCACCUUCAAAUUUCAUUUUACCAAUAGUCAAGAACUGGAUGCAGUUGCUAGAAGUAAUAUUGUGGCUGCUGCUUGGCUAAGGAUGACUGAGGAGGCUUAUAGGUCCGUAUUCUUUUGCUUUCCAGGGAGUGCAGUUCCACAAUGGUUUCCUUACCGUUGCGAGGGACAUUCAGUAACUGCAAGUAAAGAUUCUCUAAAUUGGUUCAGUGAUAACAGACUCAUUGGUUUCGCCCUAUGUGUCGUUUUGCAAAUUGAAGACAUGGAUGAUAUAAAUGAUAGAACUGGUUCUUUGCCAUACGAGUUAAAAUUUGAAUAUGGUGAUGGAAUGAAGAAAUCUCUAAAUCAUGAUGAGCUAAAAAGCCAUUUCUACUGGAAGAGACAAGUUAGGACUUUCGUCCAAGAUCACACUUUCCUAUGGAAACAUCACUUGGACUCUGCAAGCAUCAGAAACAUUCUUUCUGACGCCCCCAACUUAAAUUUCAAGAUCCACAAAUAUGAGGAUGUUUAUUUGCGGUCAUCUCAUACAGACAGCUUGCUUUUGAAUAUCAGAAAAUAUGGGAAGCCAUAUUCUAAGCCAGCUUUCACGGUAAAAGAGUGUGGAAUAUGCCCUCUUUAUGCCAAAGAAAAAAGAAGAGUAUGGCGUUGCUGGUGACUAUUCCAGCUUUCUAAAAGUUCCAAUUAAUGACAUUGAAGAAUCUAGUUGGAGCAAAGCUGCAUAAUCUGUUCUGUGGCAACACAAGAAGAUUGGUUGAAGACCUUUGGUGAGCCCCCUGGUCUCAUGUUAUUCCCAGUCAAGUCUCUAUCUACAGGAAAGUAUUUUAUCAUUGUUUAAACUGGCUUGUUGUGAAUACUUGUUUCAAGCCUUAAAUGUUGAAAUUUUAUUCUCUGUUUCUGAUUUUUGUUUUUUAUUUUGGCAUUAAGAAGUACCGUUUUUUUUUAACAUUCAGAAGUACUUGAAACAGGUUGUUAUAUGGAAACUUGUCUGUUUUCCCAUAACUCCAUUUUCCUCCUCCAACAUCUCUACCAAGAACACAUCAUUCUUCUCAGCUGGCUUCCCCUAUUUGUUUACUUAUUAUUUUGGCUUCAUUAUUAGGAUAUCGCCAAACAUGGCUACUUGGUAGAUAGGUUAGUCCCCUAAGCAUGAUUACAAGGGUUUGGACCCGGGCAAUGUGUAUGGAAAAUGAUUUAUUGGGAGAGGCAAAACCCACUUCAAUGAUCUCUACGCUCGAAACUGUUUCACACAAUGAAAAAAUCUGGAGAAGCUCCAUUGGAACGGGUAAAAUCACUGAAACAUGUUAAGGCUAAUAAAUGUUCCUAGUUUUUAUUUCAAGGUUCUGACUAAUUACUGUCAUAGGUCAUAUGUGAAUCUCAUAUCAUUGAAUUAGGCUUUCUUAGGGAGUUAUAAAACCAGAAAACUGUUUACUUGGUCAUGCUGGAAUAGCUAAAUGUAAUAAGGUUUUCCUUAUUGAUCUUGGUUUGGGUAAUUGGGUGUGUUGUGCUUCGCUUUGUUUCCACUUUCUGUAUCGCUAUGAAUAAGUGAUUCUUUUGUUGAAAUUGAUAAUAGGUGAUAUUUUUUUAUUUCAGGUCUUUCGAAUUUAUAUGGAUAUGGUGGACACACAAACUCGUUUCAUUUUAUACAUCCAGUCCCUUACUAUCAAGCUUGUAUACCCAUUUUCAUGUUGAACACUCAUCACAGACACAGAGGAUGCCCGUUUUAUUUGAUUCCAUGAUUUAUAAAUGCUGUUGAGCAUUUAUGGGUUAUUUUAGUGUAAACUGUGGCUUGAAAGUUAAUAUGAGGACCAUUUUAAAUUUUUAACGUAUAGCUUUUUG